UAUAUCGACGUUGUAUUUCUUGAACAAUAAUAUAUUACCAAUUCAUGUCACAAUAAUUCUAAAAAAAAAUUACAAGCGUAGUUCCACAUUUGUAUACAUGGUACAUUGAUUUUUCCUCAUGCUUACAGAUCGAUAAUUGACAUAGCACAGUCGCAACAAAGGCUUUUCGCUUCUCAUGUCAAACUUGUCAAUUAUUACUCUACAUUCAGGCGACAAAAGGCGAAUUUAUGUGAACGAUUUCCAUUUUAUUCGCGCAGUAGAAUUGGAACAGUUCGCCAGAAAUACUUGGGACUAAAUACUGGAAUCGCUACGAUGAAACAUCUUUUACUAUCGAUGAUACUUCCGUACGUCGCGGCGGAAAUGUGCAUCGGACUCCUGCGGAACAGGGCGGAAACCAGGAAAAUACGGAGGAGACCGGGACACAUUUCGCUUUGGAACGCGAUCACGGGGGAAUUCGAGCAGCUCGAGGCGUUAAAAUCGAACAACACCGCUUUCUGUAGUGUAAACGCGGUGAACGACUUGCGCGGGAAGACCCUCGUCGUAGCCACGGAUUCCAUGCAUCCGUACGUCAUCAUAAACGGGAACGAAGUCACGGGAAUCAUAGGGGACAUUUGGACGAUCUUGGAGGAAACGUUAAAAUUCAAGACGAUUUACCGAAGAGCGAGACGUACGAUCGUCGCAACGCUGAUGAAUGGAGAUACUCACGCACUGCUGAUCGCCACGGCGAUGUACAUAUACCCCUCGAGCCAUUACGCCUACAGCGUGCCGUUCACGACCAACUCAUACGCCCUAUUUGUUCAAUCUGACGGUGCGAUCGACACAAAGUGGUGGUACGUUAAUAUCUUCAGCCGCGGCUUAUGGCUGGCGUUUUUCGCAUCCAUUAUAUGUAUCGCAUGCAGCAUCGUGGGAAUAUACCGUAUAAAGAAAUUCGUGUAUGCUGACUACGGGGAGUGCGACGACGAGCUCUCCUCGCUGUCUUUCAAUCUUCUUUACGUUCUGGGUGGUCAAGGAUUUCAGAAAGUGCCGAAAAGCUUCUCCCUCCGAUUAAUAAUUUUGUCUUCUUUGGUAAUGGGAAUGUUGGUAUCAUGCGGAUUCAGCAGCACUCUUACUUCUUGCCUGGCAAAUAAAGGAAACUCCGUUUCCCUGACUAAUCUCAACGACGUGGUGCUGAAAAGGACACACUCGCUUUGUAUUAGGAACGACAGCACCGCAUAUGUCCACUUUACAGUGGAUGGUUUGCCGGAGGGCGACCUUCAGGAUGAUUGGAAAGAAUUGCUGAACCAUGACUGUCCCGACAUGAGGGACAGCGAGGCUGUCGCUGCAAAAUUAUGCAGUCCGGGUUUCGCCUACUUCGAGGCACCGGCCGUAUUUCUACCGGUCUAUCGUAAAGUUGAGCACGAGUGUGACAUCGUACAGUUGCCUGACAAUUAUUGGAGCGUCAGAUUGGCGUUUCUUCACGCCAGAGCGUCGCAACACCGUAAACUCAUUGACAAUUACUUAAUGCGUAUGCGUUCGGCUGGAAUAUUGAGUUAUCUUGAAAAGAAGUGGAUCUCACAGCAAACUUAUAGCCAGUCCAGUUAUCUUCAAUCAAACAGCUUCCAGCCGGUAGAAUACAUGCAUGUUCGCUUAACUACCGGGUUAUUCUACAUAAUGGUGACCAUUAGUAUAUUCAUUUGCAUUUUGGAAAACAUAUGGUACAAACAUGCGCAAAAACUCAAGAGGAAUUCUAAUUCCAUAUUACUGGGAACGCGUGAUAAUAGUGUAAUGAAGGCGCGUUAUAAAAUAAGAUCACGGCUCGAACGACGUCGGAGGCUCAGCUUGAUAUUCCUAUCUGAAAGUAUAAAGAAUCCAGAAUUUCUUCAGAACGUCAAAGUACGAAUUAACUGAUGGUAAAUAUAACGCAAUGCAAAUAAUAUAAAUUUGAGAGAAUAAUGUCAGUAACGAAGAGACCUUGCUCCGUUUCUUUAAUUUUGAUUUAAUAGUAAUAAUAAUAAUAAUAUGUAUAUAAGCAUAGUACAUAAUAUACAAUACAGAAAAAUAAUCAUGGCGAACAUCGUUAUUGACCGAUACACUUUCUGCGUUACGCAAAACCGCACGCGAGGUCGUAUUUUCGAAUACAACGCGCAACAAUUAUAAUCGCAGAAACGAUGUUCCUCUCAUUGUUACAAGACGUUAUUCACAAUUAUAAACAACGGACAUUUACAAAUGCAUUAUGCAUCGGCGUCAUAUAUUUAAGGCCUAUAUGGAUCUUACAUUAUAAUUAAAGAAACUUUGGCUUCUUUUUACGUGGUACUUCGCCAACUAUGACUCUCAAAAAAGGGAAUGCGAGAGAGCGAGAGAGCGAGAACGGCAGUCCCGGCGAGAAAUCGUAGAUUUAAAUGCACCGCGACACUUCUCAGAGUUUUCCUGCUUCCGCAUUAUCGUCGAUUUCUUAAAUCUGACGAGCUUAACGCUAAUAUCCUAAAGAUUUAAUCCUAGAUAUCCAACGGACCUUAGUAUUUCUUUAUCUUGCGGGAUACCACACUCUUCUGAGCAUAAAAAUGUUAUA